CAGCAGCAGCAGCAGCAACAGCCCGUCGAUCCGGCGGCACCGGUGUUGACGGGCGCGAGCAGCAGAGACAGGAGAAGCAAUUUGCAAUUCUGGUCUACCUUGCUCAAAGUCAGCUUUGCUCGACUUCAGGCUUCACAGUUCACUUCCAGCCGGUUCGCUAAACGGUCGACGUGUUCGCGAGUGCUCGGCAAAACGCCCGCGCGCGCGUUUCAAGUUCUUUAGGCGAUCGAUCGCGGAUGGAUCAGUCAAAUCCGUGUCCCACACGACCGACAGGAACGGAACGUUUGAGGCUUUCUAGCGCGCGCCUAAAAUCGGUGCGAGCCUAGGGUGCAGAAUCACGCGGAAUCUCGGAACGGUCUUGAUCACAAGGGCGAAGAAAGAAGAAGUGUAGAUCCGUUUACCGCGAAGGAGGCAGGAAUGCCGCGAGGAAAAAUGGAAAAUUGAAAUCUCGGUUUGAAACUAGUUUCACUAUCGCACGGUGCGGGCUGCAUUUGGUGAGAAGACGCAACAAAAAGAAGCAGAAGAAAACAGAUCAGAUGUGCGAGGGGAAAAUAGUGCAGUUUUCGGAGUGCGAUGAUAUCGGCGUUGCCGUUUUAGACUGGCCUGCCUGUUGUGUGUACUACACUGAGUUUCCCUUUCAUCUGUUAAGAACUACUUCACAGUCAAGUGGGUGCUUAAAAUAAUUGCUUGAGGAAACGAGAGAAAAAAGAACAGUAAUCGAUUCCAGCUGUAGUUUUCAUGGACGAUCCACUUUGUAGAAACUGAAGAAGAUGUGAUAAUGGCUUCUAACUGGCAACCAAUGAAAAAGGUCAACCACGGAGCGUCAACGUGCUCUCGUUCGGUAUGAGUAAAUGUGUUAAUUGAGUGAACAAACUUGUGCAAAGUCAUCCACACACACGCGCGUAAACAAUUCCUGGAAACCAGAAAUUUGUAGGCUGAAAAAGAAAAACGAGCAUCAAAACGACGUCAUAGAUCGCGUUCGUCUUUGAAUGCUGCUGAAUCAUCGCAAAAGACCUCGGAGCAGUGGUAGUGUGCGGUUGUGUGAAAACACGACUUUUGCGCUAUAGGGCGCUGUCUGUCCGCUAUCGUUGCGCUGAAAUUCCGAGAUUCCGAAACGAUGCUGAAAAAGGAGAAACCAAUGCUGUCGGUGGCGGCGAUCAUUCAGGCGCAGGGACGAUGGGAUCGGACGCUGCCCCUGGCCGGGCUGGCAAGUAAUUUCGGAUUCGAUGCAGCCCUCGUUGGCCACAUGGGACCGCUCUCUCCGCAGGACAUGAAACCGGAUCUCAAGCCGGACAUCUCGCUGCUGAACGGAAGCGUGGGACCGUUCUCGCCCGGCAACAAUUGCGGCCCAGCGAGUCCCGGUGCAUUCAACCAGCAGGUCGCAGCGGUCCUGACGCCCCAGCAUCAGCAAAAUAUCAACAGUCAGAACAGUCUCAACAGUCAAGCGCAGCAGCAGAACUCCGGCGGUGGGGGAAAUGGCGGCGGAGGUGGCGGUGGAUCCACACAGCACUAUCCACCAAAUCAUCCGCUCAGUGGCUCCAAGCAUCUGUGUUCGAUUUGCGGCGACCGGGCCAGCGGAAAGCAUUACGGAGUUUAUAGCUGUGAAGGAUGCAAAGGAUUUUUCAAACGGACGGUGCGGAAAGAUCUUUCCUAUGCCUGCCGGGAGGACAAGAACUGCACGAUAGACAAACGCCAAAGAAACCGCUGCCAGUACUGUCGCUACCAGAAGUGCCUGGCCUGCGGUAUGAAACGGGAAGCCGUCCAGGAGGAGCGGCAGCGAAGUUCCAAGUUUUCCAUAAAGAACGAAGAAAUCAACUCGACCAGUUCGGUGCGUGACGUUACGAUCGAACGAAUCCACGAGGCUGAGUUACUGAGCGAACAGAAGAGUGGUGACAACGCGAUUCCAUACCUGCGGGUCGGGUCCAAUUCGAUGAUACCGCCAGAAUUCAAGAUACCCGUCUCUCACCUCUGCCAGAUGGUGAACAAACAGAUCUACCAAUUAAUAGACUACGCCCGGCGGAUGCCCAACUUCACCAACCUGCAUCGGGACGACCAGGUGAUGCUGUUGCGAUGUGGCUGGAACGAAAUGCUCAUCGCUUCGGUAGCCUGGCGGAGUAUGGAGUACAUUGAAACGGAACGCUCGCCCGAUGGAACCCGGGUCAUGAUACGGCAACCGCAGCAGCUGUGCUUGGGACCGGGCUUUACACUGCACCGAAACAGUGCCCUGCAGGCUGGGGUUGAUACACUGUUCGACCGGAUUCUCUGUGAGCUCGGCAUUAAAAUGAAAAGACUUGACGUUACUCGAGCCGAACUGGGAGUUCUGAAGGCUAUCAUUCUCUUCAAUCCCGACAUUCGGGGACUGAAGAGCCAGAAAGAGAUCGACCAGAUGCGGGAAAAAAUCUACUCCUGUCUGGAUGAGUACUGCAAACAGCAACAUCCCGCGGAGGAUGGGCGAUUCGCGCAACUGCUCCUCAGGCUGCCGGCCUUGCGCUCAAUCAGCCUCAAGUGUCUCGAUCAUCUUAACUUUAUACGGUUGCUCAGCGACAAGCAUUUGGAUAAUUUCAUCAUCGAAAUGCUUGACACACCGAUGUAAAAAAAGAAACAACUGCAGAUCAAAGCAAAAACCGAGAAACAAACAACAGAAAAAACACGCAAAAUCAAACAUUUACGGUAUUCCUGUCCUCAUCACAUUUAUUAUUUUUAUUAACUUUACUGGUAGGAUUUGCUUUCUGCGACCCUGUAGAAAGCUUGAGACUUAGGAAUUUUCUAAUUUCAGAAAAAAAAAACAGUACUAUGAAGUUUUAAGCAAAUUGUAGGACUCAGUAACUUAUUAAAUGAUAAAUAUAUUUUAAUAUAUAUUAACUAUAAAUUAAAGUAAAGAAAUUAAAAAAAUGGUGCAAAUAGAUUUUACGAAAAAUCGAUUCAUUACAAGAAAAGUAUGUUGAUAUAAGAAGAUGAAAAUAAAGUUUAAUAUUAUUCGCAUAUAGAUAAACCUAGUGAAA